CCUUCCGGCGGGCGCCGGGGUUUUGCGUCAGAGCGCGAUGGCGGCGCCGGGGGUGUCGAAGGCCGAGUACCUGCGGCGGUACCUGAGCGGCCCCGCCGAGCCCGCCCAGCCCCGCCGCCGCCGCAAGAAGAAACCGCCGGGCGGCACCGGCAGAGCCGGCAUGCGGAUCGUGGAUGACGAUGUGAGCUGGAACAGCAUCGCCGCCGCCCCGGACAGGGAGGAGGAGGAGGACGAGGGGGACAUGCCUGUGGUGGCAGAGUUCAUUGAUGAGCGCCCCGAUGAGGUGAAGCUCAUGGAGGAAUUCCGAACAAACUCCAAAUGGAAACUUCUAGGAGAUGAGGACUCGCAGAGUUCGGAUGUUUCAGGGGCUGCCAAGUCUGGCUCCAGGAGACAGCGCCACGACUCCCCAGAGCCCUCGCCCCCAGCAGGGAAACACAACGGCUCCUUGGAGCUCUCACCUCUGAGACGGCAGCGCCACGACACCCCUGACCUGUCCCCUCCCAGGAGACAGCGCCAUGACACCCCUGACCUGUCCCCUCCCCGGAGACAGCGUCAUGACACUCCUGACCCCUCACCUCCCAGGAGACAGCGUCAUGACACCCCUGACCCCUCACCUCCCAGGAGACAGCGCCAUGACACCCCUGACCCCUCACCUCCCAGGAGACAGCGCCAUGACACCCCUGACCUGUCCCCUCCCAGGAGACAGCGUCAUGACACCCCUGACCUGUCACCUCCCAGGAAAAGACGUCACGACACCCCUGACCUGUCCCCUCCCAGGAGACAGCGUCAUGACACCCCAGACCUGUCACCUCCCCGGCGGCGGCAGCGUCACGACACCCCUGACCCCUCACCUCCCAGGAGAAGGCGUCACGAUACGCCAGACCUGUCACCUCCCAGGAGACAGCGCCAUGACACACCAGACCUGUCCCCUCCCAGGAGACAGCGCCAUGACACCCCAGACCUGUCACCUCCCCGGCGGCAGGGUCGGGAUUUGUCUCCUCGGAGAGAGAAGCCGGGGUCCCCGAGUGGGAAAAGGAGCCGAACAAAAGGACGGGCUUCGCCUGCUCAGAAGGACCAGCACAGGUCACGGAGUCCCCCGGAGCACUCCCCACACCGCCGGGAUGCCAAGGGCUCUCCCAAGAAGGCUGACACAAUGGCAUACGGGGUCAGAGCUGGCCUGCUGUCGGCCGAUGUCCUGCAGAGGGAGAAGCAGGAGCUCCGGAAGCACGAGAGGAGCACCAAGCACCUGGAAGAGGAAUCCCGGAACGCUCAGACCGUGUACCGAGACAAGUCCGGCCGCAAGAGGAACCUGGCCCAGGAGCAGCUGGAGCAGAGGCUGAAGGCUGAGGCAGAGUCCAAGAGAGAAGAGCAAUAUGCCAAGUGGGGAAAAGGGCUGGCACAGGAGAGGCAGCAGCAGCAGAACGUGGAGGAUGCAGUCAAGGAGAUGCAGAAGCCCUUGGCCCGUUACAUCGAUGACCAGGACCUGGAUCGAAUGCUGAGGGAACAGGAGAGGGAAGGAGACCCCAUGGCUGCUCUCAUCAAGAAAAGGAAGGCCAAGGAGAACAAGGAGAAAGAAAAACCCAGGUACAAGGGACCAGCACCUCCACUCAACAGGUUUAACAUCUGGCCUGGGUAUCGCUGGGACGGUGUGGACAGGUCCAACGGGUUCGAGCAGCAGCGCUUCGCCCGCAUUGCCAACAAGAAGGCGGUGCAGGAGCUCGCCUACAAGUGGAGCGUCGAGGACAUGUAGGGACAGCUCCUGCAGUGACCCACAGGCACCACCCACAGAGCCCUGAGGAAUGGAACAAGCCCUGUCCUCGGCAUUCAGCAGCUCACUGGACCUCCCUGUCAGCCAGAGCCUCCAGCUCUCUGGGGAGGACACCUCUUCUUGUUUGUUUUCUAACAAACUUCUGUUCUAUGCCAAAUGCUUUGACCUCUGAGGGUGGUUCCCAAGUCUUCAGGUGUCCUAAAUCUCAGGUGAAAAUCUGCUGAACACUUGGGCUUGGGAGAGUUCCCCUUGUGCAGUGGGUCAGACUGCUCCAGAACUCAGGUUAAGUUGAACUUCUGAACUUUUGUUAAGUUUAUGCAGUUAUUUUGCCAUGCAGAUCAUGCAGGAAGUUCACCAACGUGCAGGAAAGUUCAAACUCAGCUUCUCCUGACCCUGUCCAAACAGGAAGCCGAGCAGGGAAUGCUCUGGCACUGGAAGAAUGACCUGCAGUGCUGCACUGGGCAGCAAGAUCUUCAGGAGCCUCAGCAAUUCUUCAGGGGUCCAUUUCUAGUGGAAGUAAAUGUGUAGAGAAUCAGGACUUAAGACCUGGAAUUGCUUCCCCCCUGGUCUGGAGCAGCUGGUCCCCCCAGACCCCUCUGGAUUUGGGGCUGAUCUCAGCACUUCCCCCACGCUGCUGCCUGGGGCUCGCUCGGGGGGGAAGUGUAGCAGCCCUUCUCCUGUGAUCAGAUUUGUCAGUCUCAGAGCUGGAGGCCAGGCAGAGCUUCCCUUGAUCCCUGUGUGCCAGAAAGCACUUGUGGAAAUAAGUACAGUUGUUCUUGUUGAGGUCCCAGGGAGCAGGGAUGAAAUGCAGGCAGCAGUUUCCAUGGAGAUGCCUUGGCUGCAGCAGUGGGCAGGGGCAGGGCAGGAUCGCUCUUUCCAGGGAUUCUCCAGCGUUGGGAGGGCUGUGGGUGGGAGGGAUAGGAGCAAAGUCUGCUCUGGAGUGCCAGGCUCUUGGGACUUCCCUGGUUUUCAUCCCUGUGUAACAUUCCCAGCAGCCCUGGAAUUUGUGUGUUCACCUG